GUCUGCCUCACUGUCCGACUCCCACAGCUACCCUAGGGAGAGCGAAGGAGUGAGAUAGAGAAGAGAAUAGAGAGAGCGAGAGAAGAGGAGAGAGAGAGAGAGAGAGAGAGAGAGAGAGAGGAGUGAAGCGAUACAAGAGAUACACCACCUUUUUUCUUAUUUUCUUGUAAUAGAUGUUGUGUUGUUGAUGACGAGCGUUUGGCCAGCUCUGGUCUCGGUCUCUGGUCCCAGGAAGAGGCAGGGUCAUUGAAGUGAAAGUGUGUGUCCUGUCCUGUCGCUUGUGCCAGUUUUAUUUUUCCCUACUGAACACUGGAACCAUACUGUGAGCAUUAUGACUCUACUUGGCUCUGAACACUCCAUACUGAUACGAAGCAAGUUUAGAUCAGUUCUGCAGUUAAGACUUCAGCAGAGGAGGACUCGAGAGCAGCUUGCAGACCAAGGCAUCAUGCCUCACUCGGCAGGGGACGUAUCGUCUGUGGAGGCUCAGCUGAGGCUGAAGAGAGCCCGCCUGGCAGACGACCUCAAUGACAAACUGGCCCUGAGACCUGGCCCCAUGGAGCUGGUGCACAAGAAUAUAAUUCCCCUAGACUCUGCUGCCUUCAGACAGGCAGCCGCCAUGACAGUGAACCAUGGGAAGUUUCCUAAGCAGGAGGACUCGUAUGCGUUCGAGGAGGACAGCAGCAGUGACAGUCUGUCUCCAGAGCAACACCACAGUGACGAGUCCCAGGGGUCCGCAUGCCCCUCCUCUGAGGCCAUGGGCAGCACCCCCUCCUCCUCCUCAUCACCAGCCCUCACUAGCCCUAUACAGGGGUGUCAGAACAGGGACCCGUCUGAUCAGAGCAAGGACGAUGGCUUGUCUGCGGCUAACAAUGGGCUGUCUGCAACCCCACCCAUACCUGUCCCUGCCAUAGUCAAGUCCAAGACAUCGGACAAGAACCGCCACAAGAAGCCCAAAGACGUGAAGCCCAAGGUGAAGAAGCUGAAGUACCACCAGUACAUCCCUCCAGACCAGAAGGCUGAGAAGUCCCCCCCUCCCAUGGACUCAGCCUACGCCAGGCUCCUGCAGCAACAACAGCUCUUCCUACAGCUGCAGAUCCUCAGCCAGCAGAAACACGCACACACACACUCACACACCCAGCAUACACACUCCCAACACACACAGGCCCAUGCACAUCAACGGCAGCCUAGUUUCAGCUACCAGCCCUUGCACCAGCCAGUCCAAGCCCAGAAACAAUGCAGUGAGCAGCUGACGGUGGGUAGCUCCAGUGUUACUACUAACACGAUCAACAGUAGCUCCUCGUCUCGAGUUAAGACCACAUACUCUGGUCAAACCAGCAUCUCACCAGUCAAACCUGGUCCUCUGCCAGCUAACCUGGAUGACCUGAAGGUGUCAGAGCUCAGGCAGCAGCUUCGUAUCCGGGGCAUGCCCGUCUCAGGCACCAAGACGGCCCUCAUCGAGAGACUCCGCCCCUUUAAGGACCCCACCUCAAGCCCCUCCCAUUCUGGCUCCAAUGACGUCACCACGGUCACCUUCCCUGUCACCCCCACAGGGUCCCUGUCCUCCUACCAGUCCCCCUCCUCCUCCAGCGCCCUCUCCCAAGGGGGGUAUUACCCCUACCCCAGCACCUCCUCCACCCCACCCAUCUCCCCCGCUUCCUCAGACAUCUCCCGUAGUGGCUCGCUCCCAGACAGCUUCAGCGACGUGCCCAUGUCCUCCCCUCCACAGUUUGGCCUCCAGCCGUCCCCAGCCCAGCUCAGCGCUGAAGAAGGCCUGGGGGGAGGAGGUCUGAGUGGGACAGGACUACGGGGAGGGGAAAGUGGAGGGAUGGAGGGACUGGAGGAAGAGAAGGAUAAGAUGUUGGUGGAGAAACAAAAAGUGAUCGAGGAGCUGACGUGGAAGCUGCACCAGGAACAGAGACAGGUGGAGGAGCUCAAGAUGCAGCUGCACAAGAGGAAGCGUUGCCAUGGCGCCACACAUGAGGGCAUCCUGGAUCCAUCCCAGCCCCACCACCUGCACCUCCAGCAAUCCCCCUCGCUGAUGGGGCAGCACUUCUUUGGGGUGACUGUCAAACAGGAGCCCAUGUCCCUCUCCUCCAGCUGCCCCCUCUCCUCCCCCAAGCACCUGAAGAGUCCUCCAGGAAGCUGCAUGGAGGGGAUGGGCCACUGCGGUGCCUCCCUGCCCAAUAUGGGGGGCCCUGGUGGGCAACGAUGCCUGGACUCAGUCCCCUCCUCUGGAAGUCCCUCAGGCAUGUCUGCCUUCCUCAGCCCCCAGUGCUCUCCUCAAGACUCGCCCAUCGCCAAGACCUCCAGUAGCUCCCAGCCUUCCUCUCCCAACAACCCCUACCUGCUAUCACUGCCGCUGGGCAGAGACGGGUGUAGCCAUCCCCUCAACCAGGCCAGCACCAGGCCCCGCAACAUGCAGAUUCAGCAGAAGAAUGGUGGACAGGCUGUGAACUGCGCCUAUCCCUCUGACCAGAGAGGCCUUCAGUCAGCGUUCCCCAACUCGGCCGACAACGGCCUGAACCACAGGGUCAACACUAAGGGCAAGAACCGAAACAUGCAGCAGAAGCAACUGACCAGGAGUCAGCAGAUGGAUGAGCUUUUGGAUGUGCUCAUUGAGAGUGGAGAGAUGCCAGCUAACGCCAGAGAAGCGAGGGAGAGGUCCUCUGUAACCAAAGUUGUGCCUCACAUUACAGUGUCCCCCGGAACCACCGGCCUAGCUGUCCCAAAGUUCAACCAAAGACACUACGAACACCUGCCCCCCUCCCAGCUCAACUAUGACCACACAGCCAAUCACAUUGCAGACAGCCACCUGGAGACCCUGCUGGGAAGCCCUUUAGGCCGAGGGGGCGAGGUCGCCCUUCUCAAGAUGGCUGCCGAGGAAGCAGGGGAGGGGGAGGAGGGGGGUGAUGGACCAGAGACCUACCCCAGCCCCAAUCACCACCACCACCCUCACCAACACCCCCACCAGGAUAAACUGCUCCCCAACAGGGACCUGAUGGAAACGCCAACGCCUCUAUCUGCCAUCCACCCCAUCAACGCCAAAGUGUCGUCCGUGGCUGAGGCGCAGGGGAUGGUCGGCAUGACGUUCAGCGAGUCGCCGUGGGAGACAAUGGAAUGGCUGGACCUGACACCCCCGAGCUCGGCUACGGGGUUCAACUCCGUCCCGCCCGCCGGGCCAAGCAUCUUCAACACAGAGUUCCUGGAUGUUACAGACAUCAACCUGAAUACAGCCAUGGACCUUCAUCUAGAGCACUGGUGAAACAUCAGAGACUGGCUAUGGAGCAGCUAGCCACUAUCAGCUAUCCACUAGCUGGCUAGGUACCUACAAAAAGAAAAACACAGCAGACGACUAGCUAGCUACUAGCUAGCUACCUAGAAAACACAAGACAAUCGUGUCUAGCAAGCUCCCCAAAAGACACAGAAGAAGACUAGCUAGCAACUAGCAUCCAGCUAGCAAAAAAAUAGCUAGAUUAGAUACCGACCAGAGACAGCACUGACCAGCAACCAAAAACACACAGCAGGAGACCAGCUGUAGUUAUCACACCAAAUUUGCCUUGGUACCAAAACCGGUUCCAGGUAACCUUACAAUGGGAUUUUAAGUGCAACGAUUUACCAUAGAACACAAGCAGAGCCACGGCCCUGCAAAGGACUAUACAACAACAGAAUCACACAGAAAUGCCAUAUAGUUUGUUGAUGACGAACAUUGAAACGUUUUUUUUGUCUUCUUGGACAACGAUGCGCACAACUACCGAAGCAGUAUGACUCUGGAUAGAUCCUUGACGGUUGUUCAUUAAAUGAAUGUUAUGGACGAAAAAAUAUUCCAACGUUGCCUUAUGAGAAGUCUAUAGAAUAUAUGCAAAUAGUUUCUUACAGUUGUAAGUGCUAUGCCACCUAGACUUGAAGACACAUAUUUCGACAAUCAAUGUAUUAUUUGUGAAGAGACUGUCUAUGUUUGUAUUACUGGAAACCAAAAGAGGAAAAGCUUAAUUGGAUGAAAUCGAAUGCCAAAUUUGUAAAUAUUAUAUUGUUACUGACAGAGACAAGUUUAGGUCUGCAUAUUUGUCAGUGGUGUGGGAGAGAACACUUUAGAAACUAUCACAAAAUCAAAUGUAUCAUUUUAGUAUGUAGUUUGAUAUUUUCAAUGUAAAUAUUUAAAAUCUCACAUUUUGCACCUUGAUUAGCAUAGAUUGUCACACUUUGCUUAAGCCUAGAAUUUAUUUGCAGGGAAAGCAUUUAGUUUGCCAUUUCAUGCAAGUGCUUGCGUAGGUUUCGUCUCACGCUUAACUGGUAUAUUUAUUCACAAAAUUAUAAUAUUAAGAUUAAUACUUACCUUUAGUCUGAAAACCCAUUUGUCUCACAGUUUCGAUUAAAGGGGCAGUGUCUUCAGAUGCAGAAAUGCAUGGAUUGUAGGAAGAGACAGCAAUAUUUCACUCAGUUUGUGCCUUAAACACUUCACAACAAGAAAGCUCUUGGCAUUUCAAAUGAAGCAUUUCCUGACUAUGUCCCAUCACACCAAACAAUGUAGCCAUUACUCGGGCCACACAAAGCAUCCACAAAAAUUCAAGACAACAUUGAUGUGGAAUGCUUUGGUACUCCACAGUGCAUGGUUCACCACUUUUAUCACACUGCUUUGAUAAAUCAUAUUACAUUUUUAGCGCAAGGAUCCAUAUUUUUAGUCACAGCUACCUAGAAAAGUCGCAAGUAUGGCAAGAAAAUCAGUCUAAAUUUCAUCUCUAUUUUUUUCUUUUCAUUAUCUACAAUAAAUUAAUUGUUUUGUAUUUGACCUUCGGAAAAUUCACCAAUUUAUAUAUUAGCGAGCAUCACUUAGUUAUUUAUUUUUUCAUUUUUAUUUAUAUGUUGAUAUAAUAUAUUUAUAUUUGACAUUCCUUUAUGAUAAAAUGGGAUUCUUGAUUUACAUGAAAACUCAUGGGGCUGUUUUGAUCUUGCAUUGUUCUUCCCAAAAUGUUGAAAAAAGAUGCCUGUUUGAAAUGGUAUAUGAAUUGAACCAAAUAAUUUACAAAGAAAAAAUAUUUUCUAAAAACAGUGUUACCAGUUUUCCAUGGAGAACAAUAUGAUAUAAAAGUACUGCAUAUGCAGAGUAAAUAUCCAUUCUUACCAGCACUUGUGAAUAUCAAAAUGUAAUAUAUACAGAGUUUUGACUAUCCUGUGACUCUAGCAGAGAAUAAUCAGUGUUCAAUAUGUUACAUAAAGUAUGUGUAACCUUUCUAUAAACUUGGUACUAAAGCCACCAUUACACUGUAGAGGUUUGGGGUAGGAUCUGUACAAUGAUUGUGAAUCAGGAAGGAUAAACAUGUAUUUUUCAACAAGUUUACUGAGAUGUAUUCAUGAAAACUGUGAAUAUAGCAAAAAUAACUACCCAUCUGCAAUACAUGUAUAUGACGUCUAUAGCUAAACUAAUGGGACUGUUCUUGUAAGGAUACAAAUUGAGAUGUUAGAAUAUGUAAGCAUAACUAUGGGUAUGAUUUUAAUCAUGUGACUACCAGAUUGUCUGAGAUUUUGUGAUGACACUGAAAUGGGGAAGAACUUUCAAAACAUUAACUUGGACUUAGUCUAGCCAUCUGUCAGAUUUGGUUCAGUAUUAUUGCUCUUUUGACCAAAGAAGUGGGAUAAUUUCCCUCAAAUGCUGUUUUAAAAAUAUAGUUGAAGUAGAACACCCUUUUUCUCUGUUACUUCUGAAGUAAGCUGUGGCACCCUUGUGUAUACGUUUUAUGUGGUUGCAACCACCCAUGUUGUCACCCCAGAUCAGUUAAGACGUUUGUUGGGUAUAUAUACACUGAGUAUACAAAACAUUAACACCUGCUCUUUCCAUGACAGACUGACCAGGUGAAUCCAUGUGAA